AAAAAAACUUUUUCUCGACAAUAACUCUUUUAAAUUAAUACAAACAUGUCAUUUAUUGAACGAUUCACGGAGUCUGUGGGCCAGUUCUUUGAAAAACACCCGAAUAGUGUUCAACUCACGCUAACAGCCGUGGCAGCCUCUGCAUUAACAGCCACUAGCAUCAUGAGUUACCAAAGUAGUCAACGUCGCUCGCGUGCAAGGUCACUCAAGGACGAACUGAAGGAAGCCGAAGAACGCCACAUUAUCGACUUGACUCCAGUGGGAACUGUCAAUCAAGGUUCACAUUACAACUUACCUCCCAUCAUAUUUGACGAUAAACUGAUAGAAGAACAGUUGAGCAAAAAUACGGCCUUAUUGGGUGAGGAAGGAGCUCGUAAAGUAAGAGAAUCGUUUGUGGUGGUAGUUGGUGCAGGUGGUGUAGGUUCUUGGGCCGCAUUAAUGUUGAUGCGAUCCGGUGUGCAACGUAUUCGUAUCAUUGAUUUCGAUCAAGUCACUCUCAGUAGUCUGAACCGUCAUGCAGUAGCCACUUUGGAAGAUGUGGGCACUCCCAAAGUCAGAUGUAUCAAGAAUCAUUUCAAGGAAAUUGCUCCUUUUGUUCAAGUGGAAGAUUGCAUUGAUUUAUUAAAUGCAGAUAAUGUGGAUGAAUUAUUAGGAGGAAACCCCGAUUAUGUAGUGGAUGCCAUUGAUAACAUCAAUACCAAGAUUGAUUUGAUCAAGUAUUGUUACGAUAAGAAGUUACAGGUCAUCAGCUCCAUGGGAGCCGGUGCAAAAGCAGAUCCAUCUCGUAUCCAAAUUGCGGACAUCAGUGAGACUUUUGAGGAUCCACUCGCACGUGCCGUACGACGAAAACUUAAAAAGAUGGGAAUUCUUCAUGGUGUUCCUGUUGCCUAUUCAACAGAGAAACCUCAUCAUGUUAAGCUCUUACCAUUGGAGGAGGAAAAGAUUGAGGAUAGAGAUGAAUUUUCAGCGCUGCCAGAUUUCAGAGCACGUAUCUUGCCUGUGUUGGGUACAAUUCCUAGUAUGUUUGGUAUGGCGAUUGCCACCUAUAUCAUCCUGCGUUUAGCCGAAUAUCCUGAUUUCAACCCACUCCCCAUCAAAUUAAGAGAUGGAUUAUAUAUUCGCAUGCAUCGUGAAUUGAUGAUCAGAGAGACAAAAUCAUUUAACGAAAAGAUCUGUCCUUUGGAUGCUCGUGAUGUGGGUUAUAUAUUCGAGGAAAUGUGGCAUGGAAAGAGUGUGAUUUCAGGCCCUGAUGACAAAUUAGCAUUAACAAGAUGGAUCAAGACCGAACCCUUAAGCCAUUUUAAUACGAUUUGUCUGACAAGAACAGAAGCAAACAUACACGACAAGUUACCCGACAAUACGAAUCUUGAAGAUUUCUAUGGUCAAGAAAUUUAUUCGAGAAUUGUGAAACGUCUUGAUGAUGAAAGACGUAUUCAAAAUGUGUGGAACAAUGUAUUGUAGAUAUAUAUUAAAAAUAGAAGAUCCAUCAUUUGUAGAUAUUAAAAAAAAAAAUCUUGUUACACACACAUGCACACACAUACACAAUUAAAAAGGAGGAGGCAAUCAAAAGUGUUUAGUUAUUUUCAUGUCAAGUUUUGUGGAUCAAAAAUAAUCAUCACGUAACACAUAUAAAAUUACACUUGUACACUCUUUCUCCUUUUUUCCAUAAAUACACACUGUAUUGAUUUCAUUGAUCCUAUUUUUCUUUUUUUG